GUCAGUUGGUUCCGCGCUCCCGUCGUGAUAGCAUCUCCGUGAUGCUUCCCUCCGAAGUUACAAGCUCCCCUCGUCAUAAAAACUUAACAUAAGCCUGGAAGCUUACGGACAAUAUUGAUACAAAACAAUUAAUAAAUUGUAGAUUGUAAUUCUGAUUUGAAAUUGGGAAAAAUUGUUGAUUACUUUUGUGCGAAAGUUCAGGAUGAUAAUUGUUUGGAACUGAUAUUGUGGCACUGUUGCAUCUACUGUCAUAUAUAUUUUCAAACAAGAUGUCAACAAGGCAAGACAUCAUCCAAUGUCAAGUGAAAUUGCACACCAUUUUGGCUCUGAUCCUCACAAUCUACGCUCAGACAACCUAUAGCGGGGAUGAAGAGAUGCUGACCAAAAACUUGAGCUAUGUUCUUCCGAUCUUUGGCCCAGACUCCGAUGGAUAUCUGCAGGACUUAAAUGGUUUCUGGUCCUACAAUGAUACCACCGAUAUUUCCAAGUAUGAAGACUUCGAUCACGCCAAAUUUCUGGAAAGACAACCCGUAGCCAAGGCUCCCCCGCUGGACAUGUCGGCCACGGCCAAGCCAUCAGCUGACAACAUGGCGCAACAGCCCGGCGGCAUGCCGCAGCAACAUGAUGUUGCAAACAGUGGUGAUGGCGACAUGCCCGUCUUCGACAACAACAUGGUCACUAACAUAACCGCGCAGCUGGGCGGCACAGCGUUCCUGCAUUGCCGCGUACGCAAACUCGGCGAGAGAACGGUGUCAUGGGUGCGCAGAAGAGACUGGCACAUUCUGACAUCUGGCCCUCUCACUUACACUAAUGACGAGCGAUUCCAGGUGGUGCACGCCGAACACUCCACCGACUGGAACCUGCAGAUCAAAUACGUGCAGCAGAGGGACAACGGAACCUACGAGUGCCAGGUGUCGACAGGAUCAGGCACAAUUUCGCACUACUUCAACCUGCAUGUGGUGGUGCCAACCGCCUACAUCCUGGGCAGUGGCGAAUAUCACAUAGGAGAGGGCAGCACCAUCAGUCUAGUCUGCAUCAUUGAAAACAGCCCAGUACCGCCACAGUACGUGUUUUGGUACCACAACGACCGCAUGAUCAACUACGAGCCUUCUGCCGGAGGUCCUUCAGGUGGGGGGUCAGCGCCUGGGGCGCCCAACAAUAGGGGUGGCGUGUCGGUUAGCACCGAGCCAGGGGGGCCGCGCACCCAUUCCCGUCUCGUGGUCACUCAUGUCACACACGCUGAUUCCGGCAACUACACUUGCAGGGCGUCCAACACACAGCAGGAUACCAUCUAUGUUUAUGUGUCGAAAGAAGGAGACAACACAGCAGCCAUCCAGAGACAUGAGAGAUCCAUGACUGCAAGACACGCGUCUAGUGUUCUCAUGGUGCAACUCUGCUUAUGGUUGCUCAGGUAGAACACUCAACAAUCAACAACAGGUCUAUCUCUAUUCCAACGCUGGCAUACGCUGAGAAUACUGGAACUUAUCAUUAUUUGAAGUAAUGAUGAACGUAUAAAGUCUAGAAUCAAUACAAGGAUGUACGUCAUCGUUUUGAAGAAGCUUAUGUGUGAAAGUUUGGUUCAAUAUUAUGUGUUUCGAUUUACCUAUAUCAAAAGUGCUGUUUAAAGAAUAUUUUACAAAUAUGGACUAUUUACAUUGCUGUGAGAAAAAUGUUGAUGUCCUGUGUUAAAUAUAUAAUAUCUUAAGGAAACUAUGAUAUUUUAUUGAUUGUUGAAUUUAGCUAUAAAAUCAUAUUGUUGUAAAUGUUUUUGUAUAUUUUUAUUAAAAAGUCGUGUUUAAA